UUGUGGCUACAAUGCUUGGUUCUUUGAUUUGUUUCGAAUCUCAAGCAUUUGGUAAUUUGGUUAUUUUAGGUUAAGAACUGAAUUUCAUUCUUCACCAGAUUUUAGGGUUUUUGUUGGCCUUGUGUUGGGAUUGAAAAGAAUAACUGAAUUGUUUUUGUGUUUCACUUUGAAACCCUAGGAUGACAGGACAGCUCAUUUUAAGAAUUGUUCCAACCGUUGCUUAAUAUAAUAUAAUAAAUGUCACAUGGCCGUUGGUUUUCGAGAAUGAUAUGUUCUAUAUCCUUUGGAUGGCCAUAACAAAGUGGAGUAUGACUCAACUACUUAUUUUGAUUUCUACCGAAGGGUCAGAGUUCAAAAUCAUCACCCAAGAUGAUAUCGAACUUAUAAAAGAAAAAGAAAAGAAGCAAGGAUUGGCGUGUGAAAAUUCUUUCUGUUGAAACAGUUUGAAAUGAAACGUAGAGAUGACCGCGUAUUUAGAUUUUUUAAGACAUGUUGUGACGGUUGGUUGAUAUAACGGAAUUGAUGUCAAAUGGUUGUUAGGUUUUGAGAAUGAUAUGUUAUAUAUCUUUAGAAUAGAAAUAAAAGAAUGGUCAAUAUGAGCAUAACUUUAACUAGUCAUUUCGACCAAAGGAUCAGGGGUUUGGACACGUGAUGUUGAACUCAAGCAAGAAAAUAAGCUAGGGUGGUGAAAAUUCUCAAGUUGAAACAACUUGAAAUGAAACGUAUACAAUGGAUUUUUAGAUUUAUCACUAGGAGGAGGAGAAGGGUACAAUAGUUGGACUUGAGGAUUAUUUAAGUUGCUAUCAAUAUUUAAAUGUUAGUAUGAUCAAGUAGUUCAACUUCUUGGGCAAUUUGGGAAUAAAGCUGUCAUAUCAAAAGAUGUGGUGAGAGACCCUAUAAAAUAGCCUAGAAUUCCACCAAUCUAGCAGAUACUAAACACUUCCAAAAAGUCAUGGAGAAGAAGCAAAAAGAGAGAAAAGGGCAUUUGGUGCUUGUUCCCUGCCCUUUACCAAGCCACAUGUCUCCUAUGCUUCACUUAGCCAAACUUCUUCACUCUCAGGGUUUCUCUAUUACCGUAAUUCACACACAACUGAACUCUCCAAAUCAAUCUCAUUACCCUGAGUUCUCUUUUGAAUCCAUUGGUGGUAGCAUGUUGGAGAGCUACAGUGCCUUUGGUGGGGAUGUUAUGCUUUUCCUUUCAGAACUAAACAUGAAGUGUGAAACCCCAUUCCAUGACUGCUUGAUAAAAAUGCAAUUGUGUAGUCAAUACAAUCCAAUCUCCUGUAUAAUAUAUGACUCCGUCAUGUAUUUUUCUGCAGCAGUGGCUGAUGACUUGCAGAUUUUUAGAAUUGUUUUGCGGACAAGUAGUGCCGCAAACUACAUCGGGCUGUCAAUUCUUGAUGAGAAUGAUUGUCAUCCAAUCCAAGAACGCCGAUUGGAGGAACCGGUUGCUGGGUUUCCCUUUCUGAGAAUUAAGGACAUGCCACUUUUCAGCUCACAGAAACACACAAGGAAGGUUUUAACCUGCAUUUUCAACGGAACCAAAACUGCUUCAGCUAUCAUAUGGAACUCCCUUUGGUGUCUUGAACAUGCCUUGUUCGAGAAAAUCGAAGAUGAAACCUUGGUUCCUGUAUUUCCCGUAGGUCCUCUUCAAAAGUACAGUAGCAACUUCUCCACCGAUGUUUUAAGUGAAGAGCAGAGUUGCAUGGCCUGGUUAGACAAACAAGCUCAAAGUUCUGUGGUCUACGUAAGCACCGGCAGUGUCAUUACCAUGUCAAAAGAUGAACUAUUAGAGAUGGCUUGGGGGCUAGCCAAUAGUGACCAACCCUUCCUGUGGGUGGUGAGGGAUUGUCUAGUCAAUGGCUCAGAUGGAGUUGAGCAGUUGCCUAGAGAAUUUCAUGAGUCUACCCGAAGUCGCUGCAGAAUUGCUAGUUGGUUGCCACAGCAAAAGGUUUUAGCGCACAGAUCAAUUGGAUGCUUUUUGACUCAUAAUGGCUGGAACUCAACAAUCGAGAGUAUAGCAGAAGGUGUUCCAAUGCUUUGUUGGCCCAGAGUCGGGGAUCAAAGGGUGAAUGCGAGGUUCGUAAGCCAUGUCUGGCGGGUUGGCUUACAGUUGGAAGAUAGAUUAUUGCGAGAGGAAAUUGACAGGGCCAUUCGUACUCUCUUUGUGGACGAAGAGGGUAUCCAAAUCCAAAAGAGAGCCAAAGAGCUGAAGAAGAAGGUUGAAAUCUCCCUGAGACAAGGAGGUGCUUCAAGUGAUUCCUUGGGCAGAUUAGUCAAGUACAUUAGACUUCAAGAAACAAUGAUAAGGUUGUCAAAUGCUUGAUUAUGCAUUUUAUUAGCCAUCCAUCCAUAUCCCGUUUCUUCUAGAAUGUCUACUUUUAUUUUCCCCAUCUCUUUAUGUAGUACUGGUGAGAAUCUAUAUUAUAUAUUUACAGGUCAGACAUGUGUAUGGAUAGAUGUUUAUUAUAAUAAUAUAUGCUAUGGUUUCUCCAA